GUGGUGUCUGGGAUUACGCAAGCACGGAAGACGUGACAUUGCUAAAAUUCCCAAAACACUAUCAGCAAGGAACGAAGAAACAGAUUUGUAAUAAGGAAGACCCUUUAAAUAACCCUCCCAAAGGAAAUGCAUAUACAAAACCAUCGUCAAAGAGGAGAUAAAACAAGUCCAUUGACCUAAACUGUCACCAUAGCACGGGGAACAAGUUUAAACUGUCGUUGUGAAACAUUGAGGAGCAUAAAGUUCAUACGAAGUUUCUAGUAUUACGACAACACAAAGCUUCUAGUAUUACGACAAUGAAGAAGUCGUUUCUAUAAGUGAAUGAGGCAUUAAGCAGCCAAGCCAUGCUGUAUUGGUUGCAGCAGCUGCAAAUAAAACGGUGGCAGCACAAUACCAGCCUGGUGAAAAUACCUGCAGAGCCCUCCACUACCUCCACACAGCUCUGCCAGCUGCCUUCUGCACCUUGGGAAGGACGAUAUAGAGGCGCACAAGAUCCAAAACAAGUUCCUCAACUCUGAAAUCUACCAGCUUACUAAGCUGUGGAGGAACAGUUCAGAAGAGGAGAAGGGCCUCCUGAUGAAGUGUGCCUACCUGGAGGCCAAAAACUGCCAGAUUGAGAGCAAGUACCUGGUCGUGCUGCGCAGGCUGCAGGAGAGCAAAGGGCUGGACAGCAGUCAGCAGGAGAUGGUGAAAAGGCUCAUUGAGGACUCACUGCAGGGAGACAAGAAGGAUGGCUUUAAACUCAACCCUGUCAGUGAGUACGACGACUAUGGAUUCAAGACCAUUCCUGAUUAUGAAGUAGAGGACGUGAAGCUCCUGGCCAAAAUCCAGGCCCUGGAGAUCCGUUCCAACAACCUGCGCAACAAUGAGAUGGAGGACAAGCCUUUGCGGACCAGGUGGGCUAACUACCUGGCCAGCCGUCCCUUGGACCAGCUGGCUCCCUCCCCGGAGCUGAAGGGCCUGAUCCGGUGUGGGAUCCCUGUGGAGUACCGGGAGCAGGUGUGGCGCUGGAUCGUGAGGACACGGAUGCAGGUCUAUAGGAAGCGGAAUCCCAAUCGCUACCAGGAGCUGAGAAAGCACUGCGAGGUGUCGGAGCACCCGGCCUCAUGGCAGAUCAGGCUGGACCUGCACCGCACCCUCACCAGCAAUAAGCACUUCUCCUCGCCCACCUCCGACGCAGUCCAAAAGCUGCAGCGCAUUCUGCUAGACUUCUCCUGGCAAAACCCCACCAUCGGCUACUGCCAGGGCCUCAACCGGUUGGCAGCUAUUGCACUUUUAGUUCUGAAGGAUGAAGAGGAUGCCUUCUGGUGUCUGGUGGCUGUUGUUGAAAUCAUAAUGCCACAAGACUACUACAGCAAAACCCUGACUGCCUCUCAGGCUGAUCAGAGGGUGUUCCGUGACUUUCUUGCUGAGAAGAUGCCUCGCCUGAUGGCCCACUUCAAGGAGCACAGCAUCGAUCAUUCCCUCAUCACCUUCAACUGGUUCCUGGUGGUCUUCGUGGAAAGUCUGGUCAGCGACAUCCUGCUCAGAGUGUGGGACGCUUUCCUCUAUGAGGGCACAAAGGUGAUAUUUCGCUAUGCACUGGCCCUCUUUAAGUACAAUGAAGAGGACAUUCUAAAAAUUCACGACAAUCUGGAAAUCUACCAAUACCUCAGUUUUUUCACCAGAACUAUCUCUGAUGGCAGCUGCUGAAGAACAGACGAGAGUUUCACAUGGAGAGGCUGACAGCCGAGCUGCAGGAGCUGGAGAGGAUACAGGAGGAGUUUGUGAAAGAACAACAAGUGGAGCGCAAAGACAAGGACCUGGACACUGCUGUCAGCGAAGACGAAGAAGAAACUAAUGAACAUAGCAUUUAAUGAUAUGAAUCCCUUCCCUAUGAAGCUGCUGAAGAACAGACGAGAGUUUCACAUGGAGAGGCUGACAGCCGAGCUGCAGGAGCUGGAGAGGAUACAGGAGGAGUUUGUGAAAGAACAACAAGUGGAGCGCAAAGACAAGGACCUGGACACUGCUGUCAGCGAAGACGAAGAAGUAAUACAGACUGCAGUUAGCUUGCAUCACACGUCCUGAAGUUAUUGAAAAAUUACACAUCACUGAUACUAUUUAAACUAAUUUGUUUGCCUUAUUAUUCCCUGCUGUGGAAUAUAGUGGGGCUUACAUAUUGUGUAUGUCACACAUACAUCUAACUGUUAUACUUUGUCUGUUGUUGAGUAUAUAGGUAUGUCAGACUUACAUUUUUACAUGUACAGUUCGGCUCUUAUUUUGUAAUGGCGUGUGAUGUACCGACAUACUUGUUUUAGAGUCAACAAAUUAAGUUUACCAAACCUGUCAAAAUGCAGAAUAUUGAUGGAAAUAGGUGUGUUGGUAAUACACACACACUACAUCUCUGAAUGCUUGACUUCAAAUCCAGUUUAAGUCACACAUGAAAGGAGUAUGGUGGUCCUAAGCCCUCGGCUUCCACAUCACAAAACCAACACACAGUGCAGCACAAUUGGCACAAAGGAUAAACCUGUUUCUUAUCUCAUAAAACAGCCUUUUACUAUAAUUAUCAUCUGUCAGUCUCUGAAUUUCUUCAAUCACCAAUUCUAUUCCACUCAGAUCAGUUCAGUAAAUUAAUUAUUUUGUAAUUUCCCAAGAAAACAAAAACUCAUUGGAGAUCUUGAAAAUUAAUGUCUUGAAAUGUGAUUAAUUUAGGCCAGGCUAAUCUGAACAAGUACAGAUAUUCCAGUUACUUUUCAGACCGGCAACCAGGUUCCAGAUUUUCUAAACGAGACUAUCUCUGAAAUAAACUUAUUUUUUAUGCAUUGGUUGUUUGUUUAUAUUCCUGUAAAUUGCAUAGUUCAGUUAUUGCUAAGUUAAGAGGAAGACGUUGCUUUGUUUAAUUAUGUUAAAUUGUAUGGCAAUCCUUCAUGAUUUGCAUGAAUUCACUUAGGUUUAGAGGUACAGUUUUAAUUCAUGUACCUCUGAUAAACCUAAACUAAGUGACGAAAGCAAAAACACAAACGUUUUUUACUUGAGCUUGAAAAGGAAAAAAUAGAAUGAAUACAGUGCUAUAUAUACUGUGUGUGUGUGUAUAUAUAUAUAUAUAUAAUUGAUCGCUACAUAUAGAUUUUUCAACGCUGGUAAAAUGUUUAAUUCAGUAAUGAUUUUAAAAAUGUUUACUUUUUAAUUUUUUAGGGAUGCAAGACAUGUAACAACUUUGUGUCUAAAGUUUUUAAAUGCCAACUGUUAAAUAAAUAGAAUUAUGGAUAUUAAUGUGUUGAUAGUAGGGAUAGCUUUUGUGACUGGAGCAUGGCUGCAUUGUCUAUUGCGCUGAAUUUUAACCAAUUUUAACAAAUUGUUCCCAUCAUUCUUAUUUUUUAUUUUAGCUUUUCUCUUCAAAUAUUUUUUAGAAAACAAAAAAGCACAAACAAAAUCUCAGCGCGUUUCGUCUUAUUCAUGAGUAGACUUAAUUUGAUACAGAGGAACACCCCUUUUUUAUACACUCAAUUUUCCACAGGUGAUUAAUCACCUUUUAAGAGAUGGCUCAGCUGACAAACAACUCUUGAGAAGGGAAACUUUUGUGAUAUUAUUUUUAAUUCUGUUCCACCACAUGGCCUUAAUGAAGACUUUAAAUAUGGGUAUUUUUUGUAGAAUGUAUGUUUGUAUGUAUACAGUAUAUACCUCUGUUCAUUAUUCAAGUUGCAGAGUAAAAAGAAAAAAAGUAACUUAGUAAAAGAAUAUUUAGUGGUAUGAAAAGUUUUGUGUUGACGUACAGAUUGAGUGUUUAAAAUAAUUUAAAAAGUAUGGUCUUCUGCCUUCUGUUGUCAUUUCUGUACCUAAUUACUUAUUAAUUUCAGUUGUUUUUGAUUGUUCUGAUUGUCAAUUGAAGGUUUGUGACGUAAAGGUGAUUAAUCGCCUGUGGAGAAUUGAGUGUAAAAAAAAGGGGUGUUCCUCUGUAUCAAAUUAAGUUUACUCAUGAUUAAGACUCUGUCGAAACACGUUGAGAUUUUGUUUGUGCUUUUUUUGUUUACUAAAAAAUGUGAAGAGAAAAGCUCAAAUAAAAAAAAUAAGAAUAAUGGAAAAAUGUGGUAAAAUAAAUUAUUUUUGUGAAGAAUGGGUUGUCUUUUUCACUCGAAUCACUGUAUAAGGGCCUGUUGGCAACCAAUACAAGCUGCCUUUAUUUUCUCAGGUGUUGCCAGGUUGAUUACCUGGUCAAAGACUAAACACAUACAUGUAAAACAUUUAGAACAUAUUUGUAUUCUGUAUUUGAAUAUUAUGAUAUUUGAUUGGUUUUUUUAUGUACGUAUUAUUGCACAAUAGGGAGAAUUAAUGAGAACAUUUCUAAUAUUUAGGCGUUCAUUUUUGUAUUGCUGUUUUAUAAUGUGAUGGCAAUCUGAACUAUAGUCAAAGUCUCUCAAAGUGAAUUAUUAUUAUUUUAGGAAAGUAUUACGGCACAAGCACUUAUAUAUUACCAGUGUCACUCUCCUCACAAGGUUAAACUGUGAAACCCAGAACAUACUUUAACUGGCCGAGAUGAGCCCUUUUCAAGGCAUUUUCUCUGCUGUAUAAUAUAACACAACUUGUUUUUUGAUGAAAUGGUGUGCAUUUUUUGCAUCCUUUGUGUAAGGUAUUUGAACUGAAAAACAUCAAAUACUGGUAUUAUCAUUGUGUUGUUUUAGAUUUGUUGAACAAAAUCUUAUUCUACUGAAAAUAUUUCUAUUUUGUUUCUAUAAAGGUUUAUAUAAAUACAGUAAUAACAUUUGCUGACACUGCAGUGGAGAAACACUUCAUUUAUUAAUUUGUCCCACAGCAAAUUCAGAAAAGAUUGUCCUACAACAGUGUUAAUACCUCCCUUUAGUUUACUGAUAAUAAAUGUUAAUCAAAAAACAUUAACUAAUAUUAAACUGCUGAAACGUCUGUAUUUCUUUUCCCCAAUAUAUUUCUGUUUUACUCAAUGACAUUCCAGUUAAUUAUUCAACAGCCAAGCUUUUAUGUUGUGUAUCCUGAUGCAGUCAACAUUUUAAAAUCAUAAUUUUUUCAUCUAUGUUUGGAAAAGGAGACCAUAUAGAAAAAAGGUAGUCGAGGAUCAAAUGAUGAUAUAUGAGCCUCUAAUACAAUCACUAAUAAUAUAUAUUGUAACAAAAGGCUGUCACUGGGGCUUUGUGCAUGCUUCUGUGCUUGAAGUGCUUUGCAGAGCAAAGUUGCAUGGUCUGCGACCGUGCUUCCCAUGCGUAGGAACGCUUACCCUGCUGCAGACACUGUUCCCCUAUAUUGGAUUAUUGGUGCAACCUUGCAGGAUCAUUAUAUGUACCUUGCAGGAGCCAGGGGGAGUGGGGCUGAUAGUGGCCACUGAUUGGUCGUGGUUAACCUGCAAUGUUGUACGGGUUGUGGGCU